AUGACUUCAAUACUCCACUAUCGAGACCCCAUCGCCUACAGAAGCGACUUCAUGAGCACCUCCAGCUUCCACUCGCCUCAUAUGGACCAGACCAAGAGAUCUCCGCCUUAUGACGGUCAUUCUUCUGGUUCAGAGGCGAAGAAUAGCACACCAGGAAUGAAGAAGCGACCUUCAAGAGCAGGUACUCGGAGCGUCACAACCUUGACAGCUGCCCAGCUGGAACGCAAGAGAGCCAACGACCGAGAGGCCCAACGAGCCAUUCGUCAAAGGACAAAGGACCACAUCGAUACGCUCGAGCGCCAAGUUCGUGACCUCACUGCUCAACUCGACAGCAAUUCAUCCGGCAAGAUGAUGGAAAUAAUGCGAAGAAACGACGAGCUCGAAGCUGAGAACGCAGUCCUUCGCGCUCGCCUUUCCCACGCAGUUUCUGCACUUGGCGUUCCAGAGCAAGGCACAGUCACAGGCGCUCCCUCGCCAAGUGACCGGGUUCAGAUGCUCAGCCAGCCUCGGAGAGGAUCAACAGGAACCGCCAGGAGUGCCCAUUCAGUGCCCGAAAUAGCGACACCCGUAUCUCAGCCUGGACAUUGGCAGCAGCAGCAGCAGCACUCGUAUGCCCACCACACUUCCUCGCCUCAUGUUGAUCCGACGCCUGCCAUGGGCGAUGUGCAACGAUGGAGUCCCCACCCAAAUCACCCACAACACCACCAGGUAUCUAUGCCUGUCCAAGAUGCAUCAAUACACGCUGUUGAGCCUUCCAACAUGGCUUAUCCAGGCACCUACGGCAUGGAGAGCAACACGCGUGCCAUGUCCUACCCUUUGGAGAAUCCGCCCAUGGUCACUUCGCAGCCCAUGACCAUGUCCAGCUAUGGAACACCAACAUCGCAUCCUUCUCCUCAUACGUCCGAGUACCAGCGACAUAUGAGCGUGCCCAUGCACCACCAGUCAGCUCCAGGUCAAGGAGCUGCCCAACACGGUCAGCAACACACGUCUGCACCGUAUUCCUAUCCAGUUGGUCAGCAGCAAAGCUAUGCACCGCAGGUCAGCCAUGCCAAUGACAUGCCCAUGAUGCAUGCCCAGCACCAGCAAAACCAAAUGAUGAACGAACAAGGACAGCACAUCAUGUACCAACAUCACAUGUCGUCCAAUAUGAAGGUUGAGCAUUGA